AUGACUCGACUUCACUCCAAUUGGAGCGCCUGGAAGGUGGCCAUGACGGCCGCGACCCUUGCCACUGGUGUUCUGGGUGACAGUAUCCUCAGGACAUCAGGUGUUACUGACUGCGGUUCCGAAGCUGGCAUCAGUAUCCAAAAGCUGGACAUCAGCUACGACAACGACAAGCAGAUCGUUACUUUCGACGUCUCUGGUACCAGCGACAAGGAGCGAAAUGUCUCUGCAAUUCUUGAGGUCAACGCCUACGGCCGCAAGGUCUACGAGAACUCCAUCAACCCUUGCAGCAAAGACACUCCUAUUCCUCAGCUCUGCCCUAUGCCCAACACACACUUUGCCGCCAAAGGUGACCAGGAAAUCAAGCCCGAAUGGGCCAACCAAGUUCCUGCUAUUGCUUUCCAAGUCCCCGACAUCUCAGCCCAAGCAACUCUUAGACUGGUAGCCAUCGACGACCCCUCUGAGCAAGUCGCUUGCUUCCAAACCCAGGUCAACAAUGGCAAGACUGUUUCAGUUCCCGCUGUCACCUACAUCUCCGCUGGUGUUGUUGGUGCUGCUCUCCUCGUCUCAGGUGCUUCUGCUGUUUCAUCUACUUUGAGUGGAACUGCAGGCGCAGGUCAUGCUGGCGGUGGUCCCAGCCCCAGCUUUGCCCAAACCCUUGGUUGGUUCCAGGGAAUGGCUAUGAACGGCAUGCUUUCCGUUGAUUACCCUCCCGUGUACCGCAGCUUCGCCAAGAACUUCGGUUUCUCUGCUGGUAUCAUUCCCUGGGAAUCUCUCCAGAAGUCAAUCGACACCUUCCGCAACAUGACUGGAGGUGAUCUCGCUAAUGACAGCUUUGACGUCCUCAGGAACGCUACUCUUGUCUUCUCCGACAACUCCACCAGCCCUCCCGCGGACCACUCAUACAAGGUUAAGCGCGCCUUCGACACCUUCGAAUCGCUCGCCAACCUUGCCGCCCGGGGUGUUGAAACUUCCAUGGACAACGAGACAGAUGGUGCGGUUGCGACUGCUGCCCAGGGUCAGACUCUAUCUGUUUCUGGCAUUUCAGCCUAUGUUGAACAGUACAGUGUUCCCAAGUCCAACACGUUCUUGACCGUUUUUCUGGUUGUUGCCAUCAUCAUUGCCUUCAUCAUCGUCAGCAUUCUCUUUGUCAAGGCUGUUCUUGAGUUCUGGGCACUAUUUGGCAACUUCCCUGAGUCUUUGAGCGGUUUCCGAGAGCAUUAUUGGGGAUCCAUUGCUCGAACUAUUACCCACCUCAUUCUAGUUCUCUACGGUAUUUGGGUCUUGUAUUGUGUCUUCCAGUUCACAGUGGGUGACUCGUGGGUUGCGCAGCUCCUGGCUGGUGUUACGCUCGCCAUUUUCACUGGUAUUCUGGGCUGGUUCACGUGGAAAAUUUUCAGCACGGUCAAGAGGCUCAGGAGCACCGAGGGCAACGUUGACGCCCUUUACAACGACAAGCAGUACUGGGUCAAGUACUCUCUGUUUUACGAAGCUUACAAGAAGGACUACUGGUGGAUCUUCAUCCCUACCAUUGUGUACCUCUUUGCUAAGGGUUGCACUCUCGCCGUCGGUAAUGGUAACGGCAUGGCUCAAAGCAUUGCACAGUUGAUUGUCGAGUCUAUUAUGCUUGGCUUGCUUGUCUUUACGCGUCCUUUCGAGCGAAAGUCUACCAAUAUCAUUGGUAUUGCCAUCCAAACUGUCCGUGUCCUGUCGGUGGCUUGCAUUUUCGUCUUUGUUCACGAGCUCAACAUUUCUCAAGACAGCAAGACAAUUGCAGGAGUAGUUCUCAUUGCAGUCCAGUCUGCCCUGACUGGCCUCUUGGUUAUCCUUAUCAUUUGGAAUGCAAUCAACGUCCUUGUCAAGGAGAACCCACACCGCAAGCGAAGAAAGGAGAUGGAGAAAUCCAAGCGUGAUAUGGACACUCUCACCCCUCUGGAUGCCCGUAACUCUCUCCUUCUCGACCGUAAGGAUAAUAACGUCUCUAUGUUCGCCAUGCCUCCCCCUCAGGAAAAGGGACACCUCCCAUCCAUGUCCCCUGACCAGUACAGGGACGCUGAAGCUGGUUACCGGCAACCCAACUACCUGUCGUCAAGCCCUCCUAUGAACCGUAACCUGACCAACAUGGACAACGAUUCUCAGAACCUGAUGGGCAACGCCGCGCCUCCAGGCUGGAGUCAACAAGACCCCCAUCCUGUGGGAUUGGGACGCCACGACUCUGGGGACACAAGUUAUGGCCAGCAACCUUACGGAUAUGGAAAUGGUGGCGGAUACAGAGGGUACUGA